AUGUCAUCAAAUUUCCAAUCUAAUACUCCUGGCGUCAUUGUAUUGGGACCUGUCAGUCCAGUCCAAGCCGAGAUUCUGACACCUGAAGCCCUAAAAUUUGUUGCCACUCUUCAACGUACAUUUAACGCCACCCGCAAGGCCCUUCUCGAUAAGAGAUCAAGCCGUCAGAAUGAAUUAGACCGAGGUGUUCUACCCGACUUCUUACCCGAUACCGCCUCUGUCCGUAACGAUGACACAUGGCGUGCUGCAAAGCCUGCGCCUGGACUUCAGGACCGCCGUGUAGAGAUUACUGGCCCAGUCGAUCGCAAAAUGGUCAUUAACGCCUUGAAUUCCGGCGCUUCCACUUUCAUGGCCGAUUUUGAGGAUUCCAGUGCACCAACCUGGGACGUAAUGCUGAGCGGCCAAGUUAACCUUAGAGAUGCUAUCCGUGGAACGAUCACAUUUACCAAUCCAAAUGGAAAGAAGUACGAAUUACGCAACGACGGCAAGGUGUGCACUCUUAUUGUCAGACCAAGAGGAUGGCAUAUGGUCGAAAAGCAUCUUCUAAUUGAUAACGAGCCUGCUUCCGCCUCGAUAUUUGAUUUUGGUCUUUAUUUCUUUCACAAUGCAAAAGAGCUUAUUAAGAACGGAAAGGGUCCCUACUUUUAUCUCCCCAAAAUGGAAUCUCAUUUGGAAGCUAGACUUUGGAACGACAUCUUCUUUCAAGCACAAGACAGCCUCAAUAUCCCAAGAGGUACAAUCCGUGCCACUGUAUUGAUUGAAACUAUCAUGGCUGCAUUUGAGAUGGAUGAAAUCAUUUACGAGCUUCGUGACCAUUCAUCCGGUUUGAACUGUGGUCGCUGGGACUAUAUCUUUAGCUUUAUCAAAAAGCUCCGUCAACACCCCCAAUAUGUAUUGCCCGAGCGGUCUGCUGUUACUAUGACCGUUCCAUUCAUGGAUGCCUAUGUCCGCCUGCUAAUCAAAACAUGCCACAAGAGAGGUGUUCAUGCUAUGGGUGGUAUGGCCGCCCAGAUCCCUAUCAAGAACGAUCCUAAAGCCAAUGAUGUUGCUAUGGCAAAAGUCCGCGCUGAUAAACUUCGCGAGGUCAAAGCUGGUCACGACGGCACCUGGGUCGCUCAUCCAGAUCUUGUAACGAUCGCCUUUGAGAUCUUCAAUGAGCAUAUGCCCCAGCCUAACCAGCUUCACGUUCGCCGUGAAGACGUGUCCGUAAACCAAAGUGAUCUAUUGAAUAUUAACUUUGAAGGCAACGUCUCAGACAAGGGAAUCCGUGACAAUAUCCAGAUCGGCCUAGCUUACAUGGAGUCCUGGCUUCGUGGAGUUGGCUGUGUCCCUAUUCACAAUCUUAUGGAAGAUGCAGCUACAGCAGAAAUUUCUCGUUCUCAGCUUUGGCAGUGGGCUCGCCACAACACCAAGACUAUCGAGGGCAAAAUAGUAACGGGUGAUUACCUUUUGAAGGUACUUGAUGAAGAAACAGACAAGAUUCGCGAGUCUUUGGGCGAAAAGUACUCUAAAUCAAAAUACGAAGCUGCCAAAAAGGCAUUUGCAACCAAUAUUACUGGCGAGCGAUAUGAUGAUUUCUUGACUACACUUCUUUACGAUGAUAUUGUUUUGAGUGAGGCAAAGCACAGAUUGUAG